CUUCCCUAUCACAAAUGGGCUGCAGAAAUCAGUAGUCAGCGACAAGUGCAUCUUCUCAUGCCUUCGGCAUCCUCACCAGUGCCAGCCACAGUGUGCGUUGUCCUGUGGUCUGAAAAGCCUGUCUGGGCACCUCAACCCAAUUGUGGUGAAGAUUAACCAUGGAUUUUCUCUCUUCCCUCACCUCCUCAUCUUCCUGCCCUCACUUGUAUCACUUAUCCACUUUCCCUGGCAACACCUCCCUUUCGACCGUCUCCGAUAUCAGCCAAGUGAUCUUCCUGCAUUACAACCACACAGGCCGGCUGAAGAACAGGAAUGUCUAUAACUCCCAAAACAACAUAAGCGCCUCCAUGAUCGCUUUCCUUUUCAUCAGCAUUUUCAUCAUUUUAGAGAAUUCCAUUGUGUUGAUGGCUGUCGUUUUCCGCAUCCGUCGCAGUUGGCGAUGGGUGUACGUGUGUAUCGCCAACAUCACACUGAGUGACCUCCUGACCGGUGUUGCCUACCUGGUCAACAUCUGUAUGUCCGGUAGUUGGACUUUCCAGCUGACGCCUGCCCUUUGGCUUUUCCGUGAGGGCAUGCUUUUUGUCACCCUGGCUGCUUCCAUUUUCAGUUUGUUGCUGAUUGCCGUGGAGCGAUACAUGACUAUAAUGAAGCCACUGCCUCAGAAGUCAGCUAGAAGCACAUUCUUUAGGAUUUAUGGCUUGGUGGCCCUCUGCUGGGCUUUGGCGCUGGUGAUCGGCUUCCUUCCCUUGCUGGGCUGGAACUGUGUGUGCAGUCUAGACAAAUGCUCCACCCUUCUCCCACUCUACUCAAAAACUUACAUCUUGUUCUGCCUUUCCCUCUUCAUCCUCAUCCUCCUGGCUAUCGGCGUGCUCUAUGGCGCAAUCUAUAGCCACGUGCACAAAAGCGCGCGACUCCAGCGGUGCCGCAAACGCUCCAUGGCUCUUCUUAAGACAGUGAUCAUCAUAGUUGGAAUCUUCCUGCUCUGCUGGGGGCCACUGUUCCUUCUACUGCUGGUGGACUUCUUCUGCACAUCCCGGCAGUGCAGGCCACUCUUCAGCGCCGAUUUCUUUAUCUCCUUGGCUGUGCUCAACUCAGGUGUCAAUCCUAUUAUCUACGCCCUGGGCAGCAGCGAAAUGAGGAGAGCAAUGGCCCAGCUCCUGUGUCGCCGCUGCCUGAAGGAGGGCCUGUGUUGCCUAGAAGGGCUGUCCUCCAAGGACACCAGCAGCACCUCAGAGAGCAAACAGGACAGCCUGAGGAACAGUUUUAACAACGUCAGGAACCUCAGUGUUGCCUUCCCGCCACCAACCCCCAAAAAAGCCUGCAAGACUUCGAAAAAAUGCAGGCUGAGCUCUACCACCAGCUGCCUCUCGGUUUCAAGUGGUUAGACCACAAUGUGUACCCCUCCCAUAUAAACAGGACCUGAGAAGCAUGCUACACAUACACACACAAAUAGUAUAACUGCUUCCUGACCUUGGGUUUGCCAUCAGGUAAUAACAAUUUUAAGCAGGUAGCUUUUCCUCUAAUAAAACGCACUGUAUAUUUCCUCAAAUUUGUAAUUAAAGAUAUAUUUUUAUAUGUUUUGUAUGAACGAAAAUGUAUUGUAUGCAUUUUUUUACUCUGGAACAUUUGGUGAUGUUUUUUAUUGGAUGUUAAUAAAUA